AGACCUUGCCCGUUUAGAAAACAGUCGAGGCCUCUUCUGAUCCCAGUGCAUAAUCUUCCACACUUUCAGCCAUCUGCCAACCGAACCUUAAUUCGAUAUUGAACGCGGACUCAAUCCCGAGGACCUUUCUUUGUGCUUUAGACCUGGCUGCAUCUGUCCAGAGACAGAGACACACAGACAGAAACACAGAGAGACAGUGAGACAAUGAGAACGGACAGUCAACGUUUCGAGUCCGAACAACCGUCCUUCUGGAGAGUGGGCUUUGGAUUUGAUGUGCCGAUGCACAAUUUCUUCCAACUUCCAACUCUCUGUGCGUGUAUUUUUCAUUACUCUUAUUACUAUUAUUAUAUUUGGCGACGCCAGGAGCCGGCUCUUUCGGUUUUCUCUUCUUAAAGGGUUGUCUCUUUAAAUAGUCUAUUCCCCUGAAGCAGCUGCUAACGGUCACUCGGGGCACGAGGCGGCCGUUAACCGCCAUCUCGCGCGGGACCCGAGGCUAAAAUGGCGGCGCUGACACGCGGAAAGGAAAAGCGCCGGUGGAGAGCGGACUGUGUCAACAUGUCCCGUUCCCGAGGGUCAGGAUCGUGGAGGUCAGGAGGAGGAGAGAUUCCGCUUGGGGAUUUCCUCCCCCCGCCUCAGUGAGGCUUCUUGUCGGAAGAUCUGUGUCACUACAUUUGGAAUUGUAGCAAGAGUGUAUCCAUGUGAUGGAUCUUGAUAGCUGCGCGUCACCAAUGUUGUCUCCCCUUCAAAAAACUUGCAGUGUGAUGGAUUCAGAGACACAACCAGCUUCGGCAAAUCAUCUGAGGCUCUCUGGCUGUGCUCCCCUGCCAUUAGCAGGAUCAGAGAAGCAGGAAACAGCAGACUGAGUCAUUGACUGAAUACACACCCCAAACACCUCAAGGACACUGCGAUGGAAAUCAUCACCACUCUCCUGCUGCUCGUCCAACACCGGCACCUCUGCAUCAGGACUUAUGAAAGGCAAAUGAUUCUGAAUAAAUCCACUGGCAUUUUCUGAGUGUCAGAGGAUAGAUAAGCGAGAAUCAGGCAAGCAAUGAUUCUACAAAUACGAGAAGGUUCCUCAACAGAGACUGGAACACCCGUACUAACGAUGGAGCCAAUGUGGGAGAGAUUCUUAAAGGGUGACCAGAUCGUUCUUAGCUGUGAUGCUGGUCGAGAACUUCAUUCUGUGAGAUAUAAGUGGUUCGUAAACAACACUAUCAAAGAGUUCAGCGAGAAGAUUUACACCAUUGAGGCUGCUGGAAUAGAGCAUAAUGGGGAAUACAGAUGCCAAACUUUGACACAAACAACAGCCGACAGUAACAGCAUUCUCGUGAGAGUAUCCGCUCCUGAAUUGUUUGUGAGGAUUGAGACUGAGCCAGAACCUCUGUGGUAUGAGCAGACAUUGAGGUUGAGUUGUAACUGCACAUACCCCACGCAAAAUGAAUUCAUUUACACAUUUUAUCAGGAAGGUUCUGUUAUCGCUGAGUUCCGGACAAGAAAUAAAAGUGUUUCUUUUCAAAAGGAGCGGGUUACAUUUGAGGAUACAGGACGGUAUCGAUGCCAAAUGCAGUUUGUUGAUUAUCCCGAUGGUCCUGUGUACACAUCAGCUUACAGACGUGUAGAUGUGCGAGAAAGUCCAGUGAUACUGCAGGUGGAUCCCAGACUGCAGAGAGAUGGUGAUCCCAUCACACUGAAUUGUCGGUGUACCCAGGACCAUGUGUGUGGGACAGGACAAAUUUACUUCUACAGAAAUGAGACCCUCCUGAACUCUGAUUCCAUGCCUCGCAACGUCCAUCGUAUCCACCGAGCAACCCUAAUAGAUUCAGGGUGGUACCGCUGUGCGAUUUUCCAGAACCUUUCAGAAUUCCUGUCCCUCUGGAUGGAAGUCACUGUCCAGAUCCCUGUGAGCUGCCCAUCCAUCAGCUCAGAUCUGAAGGAGCCCGCUGUGUCCAUCGGUGACCACUUUACCAUCCGGUGUACGUCUGAAAAUGGGACACUGCCUAUAAACCUCAUGCUUUACCACGACCACCACCCCCACCCCCUGAGGAACACAACAGUCGUUGACUCCAGGACAGCCACCUUCCAUGUCACCGUGCCACCUGAUGGGGAGGGCGCUGCGUACUCCUGUGGUGCUGCCAAUGCCGUUGCCCACGUUAUCAACUGCAGUGAGCCGCUCGUCCUCACUGUGUCAGGUCCCUCUGGGAAAUUUGCUCUGCAGGUUGGAGGUUCUGCUGUUGCUGCCAUUCUCCUCAUUGUUUUCCUGCUUCUGUUUGCUGUCUGCAAACUCCAUCAUAAAGAGAGGCAUCAGGACACCUCUGGUUCCCAAUCCAGGAGAGACACCAGCAGCCCCAAUCAUGAUGAAAUUGUGUACUCUGUUGUCCAAGCAAAGAAGAAAGAAGGAGGCUCCGUCAGGACAAGAAGAGAACCACAGGAGUGUGACAGUCGUGUGACUUAUGCAUCAUUAAUGCACCUUGAAACACCAAAGGUCCAAGAGGCGAGUGCCAGAGGGGAGGAAGAAAAUGGCUCGUCCAUCUACCAGAACUUUCAGAGGAGUUUAGCCACCAUCAACCAAGUGUGGUUUUUGCGGUUAAAGGCAUUUUGCGCUCUGCUGCAAAGUCUCACUUUUGGAGAAGCUCGGAGUGAUUUAAGGUAUCAGCUACGUGGCUAUGAGCAUGUUUAUAUUUUAAAAUUUUACUGCGUCUCAGAAUUUUCCUAGCUCUUGUUUUGACUGUCUGGAAUUUUGCAUGGUUUCUAAUGUCCAGAGCAUUCUGCCUUUUUACUGCCAUUGUAACCUUUGCUUUGCUGAUUGGGCUGUUUUGACACAUUUAACAUUAGCUUCAGCAGUGCGCACACCCAGAAAGAUGUUUCAGUCACGACUCGUGAGCUCAAAACCUCACUAACUAACCAACUUGACACAUCCUGUGCAAAAUUCCCUUGUUCUCCACAAUCCUGUGACUGGGACACGGAUUUAAACUCUGCCGGGAUAUCCCAUAAGUGGAUAAGAAGUAGAAGUUGGAAAGUCAAACUUGAAAUAGCUGCAAUAAGCACAGGACAGGAAGACAUAGGAGAAAAUAUAUGGUGUGGUGAGUGGAGAGCUUGGAGAGAGAGAGAGAGAGUUUGAAUCACGCUGACAGCAGGAAAAUCCUACAACAGACUGUCCCCAUGAUCUGCCCAGCUUUCUGUGCGCCGGGGAUUUCAGAGUCAGAGAAUCUUUGAGGCUAGUACAGGAGCAUUGUUUAAUAUUUUCAAACUGCAUUGCUGUCACUGUUCUUCCUUGUUUUACUCCCCUAUUUGUAAAGUCAAUGUCAGUGCUGUACCAACAUCAAAUGGCAUCAGUGAACAAGCUUAAAAUAUUUGUCUGGCUCAAGUGGAUCUGAAAUUGUGUCGGCAAGGGAGGGGGGAAAUAUAUCAAAAGCUGUUUUCAUUCACACAUUCCGACAUUGUAAAAAUGUGAAUUCUCUUUGCAUAGAUAGGAAAUGAAGACAGUUGUUUCAAGCUGAUGAAAGGAAAAUUCCAGAACUUGACGCCAGGAAAUUCCUGAGACAAUGUAACAUUUCAGCAAUGCCUGCUUUACUUUGCCAGCUUCAGAUACCUGAGAGACUUGAAUAUGCAAAAACUGUAAUAGCUUCGCCACUGGGUUGUAGGUGCGCGUGACCUUGUUCAGGAUCAGUUGCAGAGUUAUGAAUCCGAUGUCGUGAGGUUUGUCCCAAAAUCAAGUAUUUGUGACUUGUGGUGAGUUAAAAUUGUGAUUUCUACAAAUUAAAUAGAACAGUCUCCCUGAAAAUAUACAAAGCUCUUGGAUGGAACUUUGUGUUUGUUUUUUGUAUUGUAUUUAUACUGGACUGAAGAUAAAUGAGACAGUGCCAGAUAGGCAGCAUGGGGACUAACCAUUAUGGUAAUGAAAUUAUGAAACAAUAUUAAUAUCUUCAGUGAAUCGGGAAAGCAGAUGGGGAUGUAGUUCAAAGAAGGCAAGUGGGAAGUCAAGAAAAUAGUGUAUUUAACGACUUUGCAUGUAAAAAGUUUUGGAACUGCUUGCAGCAAAAGAAAUUGAUCCCACGUCUCAUUUAAUUUUUCACUGUAGGCCUAUAUUAAUAUGAUGGUUUAACCUCAACAUCCUACAUAAUCCUGGUAAAAUCUGGGAACACACUAUUCGUCUUCCUAGCUGCUGGCUGACCAAGCAGGUUGGCUUCCUAUGAUUUGACCUGUGUUUUGCAGACAGCUCAGCAUAUAACGUCUUCACAAUUUACUUUCUGAUCUGUCUCUGCUGAGUCAGUUUUUAAACAAUAAAGACAGUCUUGAUCUGA